CAGUCAGUCCCUGCUUCUCUCUCACACACUCUCUCCUCCCUCUCCCUCCUCCCCCCCUCCCUCCAUCUCUCCCCGGUCAGUCCCUGCUUCUCUCUCGGUUCUUUUCUUACCCCCAGCUUGUCCCGCAGACAUGGCGGGGGCCCGACCAGGGGUACAUUCCCUCCAGCUGGAACCGGUCCGGGUACCAGACACCCUGCUUAAGGGCAGCAAGUUCAUCAAGUGGGACGAGGAACCUAGCAGCAAGUCCUUGGUGACGCUACGUGUCGAUCCCAUGGGAUAUUACCUCUACUGGACCUGUCCAAACAUGGAAGUUGAUAUUCUGGAUAUCAGCAUGAUAAGGGACACCCGAACAGGAAAAUACGCUAAAUUACCCAAGGACUCUCGGAUGAAGGAGACGCUUGGCUUUAAUGGCAAUGAACAACGCCCGGAGGAUAAACUAGUCACCGUUGUUCACGGCACUGAUAUUGUUAAUGUCAACUUUAUUAACUUUAUGGCUGUACAGGAGGACACUGCAAAGGUUUGGACAGAAGGACUUUUUAAAUUGGCCACAAAUAUUCUAGCCCAUAAUUCUUCUCGGAACACCUUCCUACAAAAAGCAUACACCAAAUUGAAGCUUCAGUUGAAUCAGGAUGGCAGAAUACCAGUCAAAAAUAUCUUAAAGAUGUUUGCUGCUGAUAAGAAGAGAGUGGAGACUGCGCUGGAAUCCUGUGCCUUGAACUUUAACCGGGGCGAGUCUAUAAAACCAGAGGAGUUUACCCAUGAGAUUUUUGAGCGAUUCCUAAAUAAGUUGUGCCUGCGUCCAGACAUUGAUAAGAUCCUUCUAGAGCUUGGAGCUAAAGGGAAGCCAUACCUGACCUUGGAGCAGCUGAUGGAAUUCAUAAACCAGAAGCAAAGGGACUCACGUCUCAAUGAAAUUCUAUUUCCCCCAUUAAAGAGAGACCAGGUGCGCCAGCUCAUUGAAAAGUAUGAAUCCAACCAACAGUUCCUGGAGAGGGAUCAGAUGUCAAUGGAAGGCUUUAGUAGAUUUCUUGGUGGGGAUGAGAACAGCAUUGUUCCUCCAGAGGCCCUAGAUCUGAGUGAUGACAUGACUCAACCAUUGACAAGCUACUUCAUCAAUUCCUCCCAUAACACCUACCUCACAGCUGGGCAGCUGACUGGUAACUCCUCAGUUGAGAUGUACAGACAGGUUCUGCUCACCGGCUGCAGAUGUAUAGAGCUGGACUGCUGGAAGGGUCGCCCCCAAGAAGAAGAGCCUUUUAUAACCCAUGGAUUCACUAUGACUACAGAAAUACCCUUUAAGGAAGUGAUUGAAGCCAUAGCAGAAAGUGCAUUUAAAACCUCUCACUUUCCCGUCAUUCUGUCAUUUGAAAAUCACGUUGACUCUGCAAAGCAGCAAGCUAAGAUGGCGGAAUACUGCCGAACAAUCUUCGGAGAUGCUCUGUUGACAGAACCACUGGAGAAAUAUCCUCUGCAGCCGGGAUUCUCUCUCCCCAGCCCUCAGGAACUAAUGGGAAAGAUUCUAGUGAAGAAUAAAAAGAGGCACAGAGUUGGAGUGAAGGGUCCAGAAGGAAGUGUAAAGCGGAGAGUCAGCGAACAGCCAUCUAACACCUACAGCGACACAUCUAGCGUGUCCGACUCUCCCGCAGUAGGUACGCUGGUCUCUGACAUGGCUGAUAUAUCACUGACCCUUUCCAAUGGAGAUGAGAAAAUUGAGGAAAAGCUCCCAAAAUACAUAGAACCUCGGAAGUCUAUUGACCGUGAAGCUUAUAGCGAGGAAGAGGAAGAUGAAGAGUGUACUGACCCUAAAAAAUCUGAUGAGGGGACAGCAAGCAGUGAAGUUAAUGCUACUGAAGAAAUGUCCAACCUUGUCAAUUAUGUGGAGCCGGUUAAAUUCAAGUCAUUUGACGUGGCCAACAAGAGGAACAAGUAUUACGAGAUGUCUUCAUUUGUUGAGACUAAGGCGUUGGAGCAGCUCACUAAAUCUCCUAUGGAGUUUGUGGAAUAUAACAAGAAGCAACUGAGUCGCAUCUACCCCAAAGGAACUAGAGUGGAUUCCUCUAAUUAUAUGCCCCAAGUUUUCUGGAACGCUGGUUGCCAGAUGGUAGCACUGAAUUUCCAAACUCAAGAUCUCCCUAUGCAGCUAAAUAUGGGGAUAUUUGAGUAUAAUCGACGUAGUGGGUACCUUUUGAAGCCAGAGUUCAUGCGCAGAACUGACAAACCAUUUGAUCCAUUUACAGAAAAUAUUGUUGAUGGAAUUGUUGCAAAUACAGUGAAAAUAAAGAUUAUCUCUGGGCAGUUCCUGUCAGAUAAACGCGUUGGGAUAUACGUAGAGGUUGAUAUGUUCGGUCUUCCAGUUGAUACCAAGAGGAAGUUUCGCACAAAGACCUCUCAGGGCAACUCAUUCAACCCUGUUUGGGAUGAGGAACCUUUUAUCUUCCAUAAGGUGGUUUUACCGACUCUGGCUUCUCUUCGAAUUGCUGCUUUUGAGGAGGGCGGAAAAUUUGUAGGUCACAGAAUUCUUCCUGUGUCCGUAAUCCGACCAGGAUACCAUUACAUCUGUCUAAGGAAUGAAUCUAACCAGCCGUUGUGUCUCCCAGCCUUGCUUGUAUACACAGAAGCAAAUGAUUACAUUCCUGAUGACCACCAAGAUUAUGCAUUUGCUCUCACUAAUCCCAUCAAACACAUCAGUUUGGAUCAGAGGGCAAAGCAGCUCAUGGCUCUGAUUGGAGACAGCGAGGUAAGCAGACAGGCCAACAACGUGGAGAAAACAUCAGGGAUUCAGAAGCAAGAGACCCCAUCUAUGUCUCCACAGGUCACAGCCGGCAAUAGGAAGGUGUCCACUACACCUGUGGCAACUCCUGGCAUGACAGGAGUUCACCGAGAUGACCUCAUCGCUAGUAUACUAACAGAUGUGCAUGCACCUUCUUUAGAAGAACUCAAGUUACAAAAGAGCUUUGUGAAGUUGCUAUGCCGUCAGUAUCGGGAAUUGCGUCAAAUGCAUCGCAAACACCAACGAAAGGUUUCCACUCUGUGCAAGGAACAAAGCACCAGAAUCACACAGCUACAGAGCAUCCGCAAAAAGAAGAGCAUUGUGAGAACCAUAAAAGGGGGACAAGAUUUCAACUCUGAGCAGGAAGAGGAGCAGCAAAGAAAAUUGCUGGAGGUGCAGACAGAGCAACAGAGACGACUCUUAGAGUUGAGAGAGAGCCAGCAUGAGCAGGAGCGCAAAAUUAAACACACCCACCAACUGCAGUCUGUUCAAAAACUCCAAGAAGUAGCCCGUGUGUGCCAGUCUGCCCAGCUCAAAAAACUAAAAGAGAUUAAUGAGAAGGAGAAGAAAGAACUGCAGAAGAUGCUGGACAGAAAGCGACAUAACAGCAUCACCGAAGCCAAAUCGCGAGAGCGACAGAAGAAGGAUGUAGAACUGACAGAAAUCAACAGGCGUCACAUUAAUGAGUCUGUGAACUCCAUACGCAGGUUAGAAGAAGCUCAGAAGAGGCGUUUGGAAAAGCUACUUACUGCUCAUCAGGAGACUCUCCAAAGGAUAAAGGACGAGGAGCCAAAGCUGCUGGCCCAGUUGGAUGAAGAAUGCCAAGCUGAGUUCCGCCAACUACCCCAGGAGGUACGAAGGUACCUGCAGGACGAGGGAGGCUGGGGAGGCAGCGUUUCAGGAACUCCUUCCUCCACCCGCAGCACUCCCUCUUCUAUAACCCUAAACUGGGGGUCAGAGUAUGGUGAGGGUGAUCAUGUACAGACCCCUGAGGACUCAAGUGAUGAAGCCACAAGACUCUGACCCUUAAAAAUCUAGAACUAUUUUCCCUAACAAAUGCUGAAGACCACAAUUCCAUUUUCUAACCAAGAAAAAAGAAAAACAAAACAAUAAUCAAAUCCAGCUGACAUGGUACUCCUCAAGGUCUUUAAGGAUCUUUGAUUGCAGAUCAUCGUUUCCGAACAUAGAAGACCUCAUUUAUAGAGGACAUCUUGACAAAAUAGCCAAUGUUCCUCUCAGAAACAAAAAACUGUUAAUGGGUUUUUGUUUAGCCCAAGUGUGCCUAAACUUGAACAUCACCAGAAAUGUUCCAUCUCUCCCCUGGUCUGAAUAUUCUGUAUAGUCACUGAUGUGAUAAGAAGGCCGAAAACAUGGUGCGUGUGUGUGUCCUGAAUGACAUUGUUUGAGCAUUAUGAAUGAGUACUGUUCGUAUGCAUGUGUGGUGCUGUGUGUCCUAAUGUAUCAGUGAUUGCCUAGUCUUCUUAUCUCAUUCUAUGUAUUUUUUAUUCACAUUUUAUUUCUCCAAUAAAAUGAUAAAAAUAAAAA